AUGAUGGCUUCUACUCUUCCUGUACUUUCUCAGGUGUACACUUUGGCUACCCAGAUCCUAACCGGCCCUCCCGCUCUGGAGCCUGGCUCGAUCCCUUCUCCUAACGAGACCAAGAUCGGAAGUGGCCACGACUCCGACGCAAUCCGAAUCCUGGAACAAGCCUUCGAGAUCACGCCCAACAUCACCCAAGCCGAAAAGUUCCGACUGGCUGAGGUCACCGGGCUUCAGCCAAGGCAGGUGACCGUCUGGUUCCAAAAUCGGCGUAAUCGCAAGGGUAGAAAGGGACCUGCUCUCAAGCGCGCUGUCCAAUCGCCAACCGAUCACUCGCCUCCCAAGAAGGGCACCCUUCCUCCGAGCUCUCCGACACACGACUUCACUCUGUCGGAGAAGAAGCGCAAAUCUUAUGGCGCGCUUGGUCGCGCUUCCUCCGACUAUGUCGACUCGGACUCGGACUCGCCCACCUCCCUCCUCAAGAAGCCUCGCGUGCUAAGCUCGUGCUCAGAGGAUAGCGGCGGUUCUGUCUCUUCAAUCGACCAGAUCAUGGAGCUCACUCCCUGGAACACCCCCUCCUCCCGAUCGACUAGCUCGUCGUCGGCUUCCAGCAGCCAGAGCGACCUGUGCCACAGCCCGAGGAAGCCACACAACCUCUUCGACUAUAUAAAGCCGAAGCGCGAGGGCAAAGCUAACUCGUCUAUGCCCGCUCUUACCUUCUCAACUCCACAGAAGCUGGUCAAUCAAGGUCUGGCGCCUACGCAGCAGUCUCCUUUCACCAGCAACGUUCAAGGGGACGCCACUUUCAGAAACGGAGGACUCAGCUUAGGCGACUUGUACCUCAGUAUGGGUGAAGCGUUCGACAGAGAGUUGAGGGAGAGCGUUCAGAGAGUGCUCGACACGCCGGGCUUCGAUGCAGGAUCGUACAGAAGCGUGUCCUCGAGCUCGUGGGACUCCGAGCAGACGACGACGGAUGGCGACGGCUGGCUUGACGAGGACGAAUUUGACACUUCCCUUGAUGGUCGUAACGACAUGCCUGUCGAGGUAGUGGCGCACGGUCAGCCCACUCUGAUGCAUUCUGCAUUCCAGAGUGUCAACACUGCUGGGUUGGGUCAGGAGGAGUCUCAACCUGCCCUUCUGCAGUCAGUAGCCGCUCACGAGGCUGAGUCUGAAGCCGAAACAUUCAGCACGUAUUUCUUGGACGAUGAGUCUCUUGAUCUCAUUGGUCGGAUCGCGCCAUCUGGGGCUCGCACGCUCUUGCCCACAUCUAGCCCCUUUUGCUCACAGCCACAACAUCCUCUCGGUAUGGUAGAUAGCGAUGCGAACCUGCCUUUGCCCUUCGCUGACCUGGACCUGGAGAUGACGGAGCUCCAAUCGUUCCUCGAUACCGACCUUUUUGCAUCUUCCCUUCCGAGCUCGCAGCAAAUCAUCAGCGCGGCCGGUAGCGGGUCUAGUGACGGCACAAAGCAAGGUAGCGUUUCUCCAGACGCACAGUUCUUUAUGAACUUCGACAUGUCGUCUAACGCUUUCUCGCUUGUCUAG